AUGCUAAAUCUGGAAGAUAAUGGAAUCGGAAGUGUGGGAGCACAAUAUUUGGCUGAUGGACUACGACAUAACAUAACACUCACCACAUUAAAUCUCGGAAUUAAUUCAAUUAGAGCUGUUGGAGCACAACAUUUGGCUGAUGCAUUACGACAUAACACAACACUGACUACAUUAGGUCUGGAACAUAAUCAAAUCAGAGAUGCUGGAGCACAACAUUUAGCUGUUGUAUUACAACAGAACACAACACUCACCACACUGGUUCUUGAAUAUAAUUAUAUCGGAGCUGUCGGAGCACAACAUUUGGCUAAUGCAUUACGACAUAAUAGAACACUUACCACACUAAAUCUCAGAGGUAAUGAUAUCAGAGCUGUUGGAGCACAAUAUUUGGCUGAUGCAUUACGAUAUAACACAACACUCACCACAUUAAAUCUCAGAUAUAAUCAAAUCGGAAGUGUUGAAGCACAAUAUUUGGCUGAUGGAUUAAAAUAUAACACAACACUUAAUACACUAAAACUCCAGUGUAAUCAACUUGGAGCCCACAUCGAACGUGAAAUCAAUGAAUAUGUUGCACGCAAUGAAAGAGAGAGUAAAUCAUAA